AUGCUCAUAAUCGGCCUAACCGGCUCCAUCGCAACCGGCAAAUCAACCGUCUCGGCUCUCCUCUCCUCAGCCCCCUACUCCCUCCCCAUCAUCGACGCAGACCUCCUCGCCCGCCAAGUCGUCGAACCAGGCACCCCAGCCUACAAAGCAAUAGUCAACUACUUCGGCCCCAGCACGCCCGACCUCCUCCUCCCAGCUUCAGACGAUGAUCCAACGGGUUCACACCGACCACUGAACCGGCCCGCGCUCGGCCGGCGCGUGUUCGGGACCAGCGAGGAGCGCAAGCGCGACCGCAUGAUCCUCAACAAGAUCGUGCACCCCGCGGUGCGGUGGGAGAUCUACAAGGCGCUUAUGUACUACUAUGUGCACGGCCACUGGGCCGUUGUGCUUGACGUGCCGCUGUUGUUUGAGAGUGGGAUGGAUUUGAUCUGUGGGACGGUGGUGGUUGUGGGCGUGAGGGAUCCGGGGGUGCAGAUGGCGCGGCUGCGCGCGCGGGAUCCGCAUUUGUCGGCUGAGGAUGCGGAGAAUAGAGUGAGGAGUCAGGGGGAUGUGCGUGGGAAGGUCGAGAAGGCGGAGUUCCGGGGGACUGGGUCGGCGAGGGGGGUUAUUGUGUGGAAUGAUGGGGAUAAAGCCGACCUGGAGAGGGAGGUCAGUAAGGCGAUAGAGACGAUUAAGGCAUCAAGCCCGAAGUGGUGGGCGUGGGUUCUGUUGCUGGCACCGCCGUUGGGAGUAGGCAUCGCGGCUUGGAAUCUGGCAGUGAAUUUCGCGACGCAAAAGAGCUGGCAGAAGAAAGAGAAGGAAGAGAAGGCCAAGUUAUGA